AAACAAUUUGAUCGGGAUCGGUGACCAAAUAUUUAAAUAUGGCGGCCGGUGGCAUGGCGGUAAAUUCAGAGGCCAGGUUAUGGGGCCCAUUCAAAGAACUGGAGCAGACCGUCCACACAGCCAUACACAGAAAGAUUCCAGAUGCCAUUCACGACCUAGAAAUAGCUCUCAAGAAACAUAAGCCAGAUUUCAUCGCUUUGUUAAAGAACCCACCCAAGAAUGCCAUGUACAGGACAGCAGUCCGAAACUCCUCGAAGGAGGGGCUACCAGUCAUGGGGGACCAAAGUAAACAGACAUUCUCCCAGCAGUUUAUAGAGGAAGCCCUGAUACUCAGUGACCUGUUUGAUAUGAGUGAAAUCGCAGCCGUAGAACUCCUAAUGGCAGGAUAUGCUGCCACCCCGCAAGGCACGGGAACCGCCACCCCGAUCGUCGCAUAG